GAGCUACUCCCGUUCUUGCGGACCGGAAGUUGCGAGAAAGUUUUAAUCAGAGGGACUCAUCCUGUCUGCACAUCCUAUCUGUGGUUUAUCGUCAGCGUUUGGUGCUCUAGUUAAAGGACGUUGCCCUUGUUAAACUUCAACCGGAGAGGUCAGUUUAUGUACUUGUGUUCUCCUUGAGCCGACAGCAUCUUAGCAGCUGGCGGGAAACGAGGAGGAUGGAGGUUUAAGGAAUGAGGAUAUACCAGCCGAGAAGAAAAAGCGGGAGAGAUAAACUACACGGGACAUAGAUCCUACGCCAGCCCUCCGGCCUCUACCAUGGAGCAAGAAGAAGAAGAAGUGGUGGCUGCAGCAGCUCGAGAGGAUGAAGACUCCCAGCUGAUUUACAGGAUCGAGCGUCCUGUCUACAAUGAAACUCUGAUCCAGGCGCAGCUUCUUAAACGCAAAGAAGACACCACCACAAAUUGUCAGAAGCUGGCAGAAAAGUUCCAGUGUUCUUCAGAGAAGGCCAAGGCAGCAGCUCUGAGCUUCAUGCCUAUUCUCUCAUGGCUGCCGUCGUAUCCAGUCAAGAAGUACCUCUUUUCAGACGUGGUCUCAGGGCUCAGCACGGGAGUCGUGCAGCUUCCACAAGGACUAGCCUACGCUAUGCUGGCUGCGGUGCCUCCUGUUUAUGGUCUGUACUCCUCCUUCUACCCGGUGCUGCUGUACACCUUCUUCGGCACGUCCAGGCACAUAUCAGUAGGUACCUUUGCUGUCAUAAGUCUGAUGAUUGGGGGCGUCGCUGUGAGGGAGGCACCAGACAGCAUGUUUAUGAAUAUCAAUGCUACUGGAUCCAACGCAUCUGAUGCCAUCAACGUGGAGCUUCGUGAUAAGAGCAGGGUCCAGGUGGCCGUGAUGGUCACAACCCUGGCGGGACUCAUCCAGAUUGUUUUAGGUCUUCUCAGGUUUGGCUUUGUAGCGAUCUACCUCACCGAGCCCCUGGUGCGAGGCUUCACCACAGCAGCAUCCAUGCACGUCGUCAUCUCCCAGCUGAAGUACUUGCUGGGGGUGGAAACGCAGCGUUAUUCUGGGUUUCUCUCUGCUAUUUAUAGCGUCAAAGCAGUGCUCAGCAGAAUCACCAGCACCAAUAUUGCCACUUUCCUUCUGGGGCUCGGGUGUAUCAUCUUCCUUUACGCGAUCAAAGUUCUCAACGAGCGCUUCAAGAAGAAGCUGCCCAUUCCCAUUCCUGGAGAGAUCAUCGUGGUCAUCGUGUCCACGGGCAUCUCUUAUGGUUUGUCGUUAUCAAAGCAAUACAAGGUCCAUGUGGUUGGGAACAUACCAACAGGGCUUCGCCCUCCUGCUGCCCCAAACAUCUCGCUGCUGCCCAAUUUGGUCACAGAUUCUUUUGCUAUAGCAAUUGUAGGAUUCUCCAUGGACGUCUCGCUGGCCAAGAUCUUUGCCCUGAAACAUGGCUACAGUGUGGAUGGCAACCAGGAGCUCAUCGCACUCGGUCUGUGUAACUUCAUCAGCUCUUUCUUCCAAACGUUUGCCGUUACCUGCUCCAUGUCGAGGAGUCUGGUCCAGGAGAGCACAGGAGGCAAAACACAGAUUGCAGGGCUCCUGGCGUCGCUGCUGGUGCUGCUGGUGGUGGUGGCCGUCGGCUUUGUCUUCGAGCCGCUCCCUCAGACUGCGCUGGCUGCCAUCAUCAUGGUCAACCUCAUCGGGAUGUUCAAGCAGUUCAGAGACAUUCCCAGUCUGUGGAGGACCAGCAAGAUUGAACUGGCCAUCUGGGUGGUUGCCUUUAUCGCUUCUGUGCUGCUGGGACUGGACUACGGCCUCCUGGUGGCCGUCACGUUCGCCAUAUUGACAGUCAUAUACAGGACGCAGAGCCCUAAAACUUCCAUCCUGGGUCACGUCGCUAACACGGGGCUGUACUGUGACGUCGACGAGUAUGAAGAGGCGGCUGAAUAUGAGGGGAUUAAGAUUUUCCACUCCAACUCUUCAAUCUACUUUGCUAACAGUGACCUGUACGUGAACAGCCUCAAGGAGAAGACGGGGCUGAACCCUGAACGCUUACAAGCUGCUCGGAAAGCCCAAAAAAAAAGAAAGAAGACGAGCAGCGAUCAGUCGUCUCCGCUGAAAAUCUGUGCCACGUACAAGGAUGAGGCAGUAACUCAUGACGUUUUGUCCCAGAGCCACGUGGCGGUGGAUCAGAAGAACGGCCAGUUUGGCGACAGACAUGGCGACUCAGAGGAGGCGGUCUUCCUUGAGCCUUUCAGCACAGUCCACUCCAUCAUCCUGGACUGGACGUCUGCAACUUUCAUCGACUCAGUGGGAGCGAAAGCCAUCAGACAGGUCAUUAAAGAGUAUGCCGCCGUAGAUGUCCGGGUGGUCAUAGCUGGCUGCAACAGGAACCUGCUGGCUGAACUGGACACCUUGAAGUUCUUCACUCAGGACCUGACCACAGACUUCCUGUUCCCCACCGUCCACGACGCCGUGCUCCACUGUCAGCACUCUCACCUGUCUGUGGCUGCGGUCAGCGACAUGACCUGAGAGGAUGUGACGUGGUGGCGCUCUCACAACCUCGCUGUGAACUUGUUUUCAGCUGAAACAUCAGGAGUGUUUUUCACUCAGUGCCCUUAAAGAAUCGAAGUCUCGUUAAAGUUCCAAAGCAGCAAGAACAUCGUUUUAAUCAGAACCUUCAGGAUGUGUCCAGCCCGAUUUCUCUGCAGUGUUGCACUUUAGUCAUGUUGUAGUUCUCACUGUUUGCUGAAGUACUUUUUAAAGCUGCAGCUUUGUCUACAUGAUAAUGUUAGCAGGUACUUUUGGAGGCCUUGUGUUGUAAACAUGUAAUACUGACCACCUCAUUAUCACGCUGGUACCAAAUCGUUACCUGUAAUCUGUCAAUAUGAUUUUUGUUAUUCUGAUCAGGAAUGAGCUUUCCGGUCUGUUUGCAGUGUCAUGUUGCUGUUACUGUACAUUUGCAUUGGUAUAUGACUCAGUACUACAUGAAUGCAGCUUUAAUUGUGCUGUUAGUGAACGACACAGGAGGCCUUUCAAGCUUAUUUUGUUAAACACUGAAACUGAAAUCUGGAAUAACUUUUAUUUUUUAGUGAACAACAAUAACAACAAAACA